AUGACCGCCCAAACACUACGAGAGAUCUCCUCGCACAACCUCCGCACCUUCAAACGCAACUAUGUCUCUGAGAUCUCCGGGUCGCUGGGCGACCUGGGCACAUUUCUACCCAUCGCCAUCGCCCUAGCCGUGAACGGCACCGUAUCACUCGCCAGCACUUUAAUCUUCUCGGGUAUUUACAACAUCCUCACGGGCAUGUUCUUCGGCAUCCCACUCCCCGUCCAACCCAUGAAAGCCAUCGCCGCGGUCGCGAUCGCCCGCAACUUCUCCAGCGGCUCGAUCGCCGCAGCAGGCAUCUUCGUCGGCCUUUGCAUUCUUCUUUUCAGCGUCACUGGCUUGCUACGCUGGUUCGCGAAUGUGAUUCCCAUCCCCGUGAUCAAGGGGAUUCAAGUUGGCGCGGGCUUGUCGUUGAUUAUCUCUGCUUGUGGUGGUAUGCUCCGGCCACUGGGUUGGAUCGGGCCAUCGUGGGCGGAUAAUCGGAUCUGGGCUAUUGUGGCGUUUCUCGCGUUAAUCGUUACCAGUGUCUAUCGCAAGGUUCCGUAUGCGUUGGUGCUGUUUGUCGUUGGUCUGGUGUUCGCCAUUAUCCGUACCGCGCUGGCGGCUCAUCUCCCGGCGUUUAGUAUAUGGCAUCCCUGGCUGGUUGUGCCGACUCCCCAUCAGUGGUGGGUGGGUGCGGUGGAUGCGGGAAUUGGUCAGAUUCCUCUGACGACACUGAACUCGAUCGUGGCAGUCGUUCAUUUGGCGAAUGAUCUGCUGCCUCAUGUCCAGACCCCAGCUAUCACCCAUAUUGGACUCAGCGUGGCCGGUAUGAACUUGCUUGGAUGCUGGUUCGGUGCUAUGCCCGUUUGCCAUGGAUCUGGUGGUCUGGCAGCGCAGUACCGCUUUGGUGCUCGCUCGGGUGCCAGUGUGGUGUUUCUCGGAAUCCUGAAGCUCAUCAUUGGUUUCCUGUUUGGCGAGACCCUGGUCGAUUUGCUCAAGCGGUUCCCGGCUGCGUUCCUGGGCGUCAUGGUCAUUGCAGCUGGGCUGGAGCUUGUGAGUGUUGGCGAGAGUCUGAAUACAUCGAGAGCUCGGGACCUCAGCCAGGCUAGUGGUGUGCUAGGUGCUGCAGAGCAGCAUCUUGGUCCCGUUUGCACGGAUGAGGAGCGCAAGCGUCGCUGGACAGUCAUGAUGGUGACUGUGGGACUGUUGGUUGGGUUCAAGAACGAUGCGAUUGGUUUCAUCGCUGGCAUGCUGUGCCAUUGGGCCUAUGAUAUUCCCAAGUGGUGGGAGAAGGGGCGUAGCCGUUGGUCACAAGGAGGACGGCUUCGUCUACGUUAG